GGACCAAAUUGGCGCGUAUUUAUAUUACGCAUACAAAUAAAUAAAUAAAUAAAUAAAUAAAAAAUGAAGGGGUUUAAUCAACUCAUUCGCGCAGUUUGUCUGGCUUUUUCCGUUCUCUUUGGGCAUAGUUUCAGUCGGACACACUCUGUCGGAAACCUAGUCGGAGAAGAUGGUUUUAUCAGAAGAAGGCCCUUCAAAAUCCGAAAAACAGUAAUGAAGAUGCUCAAGGAUCGAAACUAUCUGGUUGAAGAUUCUGAGAUCAACAUGUCCAAAGAAGAAUUCAAGGCCAAAUACGGUGAGAACGUGGUGAGGGAAGACCUCAAAUUCAACAAAGCUAAGAGGAAUGAUAGUAGUUCUGAUCAGAUUUAUGUACUAUUCUAUGCGGAAAAGAAUGCGAGUAUGAUAAUGAAGACUUUCGUCAAUUGCAUCAACUCAAAUAAUGUAUCCAGAGCAAUUUUGGUUUCUCAACAGCAAAUAACUCGUAAUGCUUGGAAAUGUAUGGAUUUGCUAUCUGCAAAUUGCCAAUUGGAGGUUUUCCAGGAAGAUGAAUUGUUGGUUAACGUUACAAAACACGUUCUUGUUCCAAAGUAUCAGGUGCUCACUGAUGAGGAAAAGAAAACUUUGCUGGAGAGGUAUACCAUGAAAGAAACACAGCUUCCUUGCAUUCAAGUGACUGAUCCAAUUGCUAGAUACUAUGGUAUGAAGCGUGGACAAGCUGUGAAGAUAAUCCGGCAUAGUGAGACUGCAGGGGCAAUAUGUUACCUAUAGAUAUGCUGUAUAAAGUUGUAUCUUAUUUUAUUUUUGUCAAAAUAGCCAACCCAAUUUUGUUUUUGAAAAAAAUAGCAAGAACUUUAAUAUUUUACACAAAUAUUGGGUAGAUAAAAAUACCCUUGGCUAUUAAAAUUUAAUCUAAUUUUUCAAAUUUU